CCAGGGACGCGGCAGUGGCGGCCCGGGACCGGCGGGAUCAGCAUGGGGAAGCAGAAGAAGGCGCGGAAGUACGCGGUCAUGAAGCGCAUGAUCAGCCUCCGGGAUGAGCGCCUUAAAGAGAAGGAUCGCGCAAAAGCCCCCGUGAAGAAGAAGGAGGACCCGAGUGCCAUCAAAGAGCGAGAGGUCCCCCAGCAUCCCUCUUGCUUGUUCUUCCAAUAUAAUACACAGCUGGGUCCCCCUUACCACAUCCUGGUUGACACUAACUUCAUCAACUUCUCCAUCAAGGCCAAACUGGACCUAGUGCAGUCGAUGAUGGACUGUCUCUAUGCCAAGUGUAUUCCGUGUAUCACAGAUUGUGUAAUGGGUGAAAUCGAGAAGCUGGGACAGAAGUACCGUGUGGCAUUAAGAAUUGCCAAGGACCCUCGGUUUGAACGCUUGCCAUGUAUGCACAAAGGAACCUACGCCGAUGACUGCUUGGUGCAGAGGGUCACUCAGCACAAAUGUUACAUUGUGGCCACAGUGGAUAAAGAGCUCAAGCGGAGAAUACGAAAAAUCCCUGGAGUGCCCAUAAUGUAUAUUUCCAGGCACAGGUACAAUAUUGAGAGGAUGCCAGAUGAUUAUGGAGCUCCCCGAUUCUAACCUGUCCAGUCAAGCCAUCAAUGCCCGGACUGUGAGCCAGGAUAAGGAUCCUUCUGAUUCUACCCUCCUUCUUUCUUCUUUUGUUGGAACUCUGCUCAUAGGACUCUGGACAGCACCAAACUGACUUCUUAACCUUGUUUUUAUAAGAAAAAGCUAUUUUGAAGAAUCUGGUUUUCUUAAUCCAUCCUCUGCCUUGGUCUGAUUACCUACAGCUGGGAGAAGCAUAUGGGAAACAGAGGGCAGCAGGACCAAGAAUGUGCCUAGCUCUGCAUCGGGACCAUUGGAAAACGUGAUUUCAGCAUUCUGAAUGAAAUACUGCUCAUGCAACUCUUACUAAGAAUUAAACCACAAGAGAUUUUAAAAGUU